UGAGCGGCAGGUCCCUGGCAGCCAAAAUGAAGUCUGUGGUGUCUGUGUGCUGCUUGCUGUCUCUUCUGGCCUUGUCUGCUGCAGAUCUCCUGACAGACUCCUCUGUCCAAGAUGAGGAUCCUCGGAUGCGUCUGAAGCUCCAGCGGCCAGAGGGAGACCUCUUUUCCUGUGGCUGUGACACAUCAGAGGAGCAUUCCAGCCAGAGCUCCUCCAACGACACCCCAGCCCCAGAGAGGGCCGUGUGCCAUCCCUGCAAAGCCCCAUCGACUGCAGAUGCUGAAAAAGAUCCACCCUCCUCAGAGGAUAAGGAGGAAGAGGAAGCACCACAAGAUGAUUCUUCCACUGAGGUGGCAGCAAGUGAAGAAGAAGAUGAAGAAGAAGUGACAUCAGAUGAAGAAGCUGAGGAGACAGUAGAUGAUCCACCUAUUCCUGAAAAUGAGGAGGAGACUUUGGCUGUGGCUGAGGAAGACGAGGAAGAAGCCAAAAAUGGAAUAUCCCAGGAGGAAGAAGAAGGGAUUGAACCUAAGGAUACUGAUGGAGAAGAUGCGGUUAAAGAGACUGAGGAAUCAGAAGAUGAAGACGUACAGGAAGAAACAGAGGAAGCUUCUGUAGAAAUGAAAACUGUGGAAACAGUCCUGCAAGACGAUACAGAUGUGGAGGAUGCAGCUGAGAAGGAGGUGACCGAAUCAGAAUCACAAGAGGAACCAGUGGUGGUUACUGAAACCAACCCUGAGUCUGAAGAAACGGAGCCAGAACUGAUAGAAGAACCAAAAACAGUAUCAGCAGAUAGUUUAGAGACUGAACCUGAACCAGAAGUCACUGCAGAGUCUCCGGUUGGAGUGAUUUUAGAAAAGCAACAAGAGCCAGGAGUCACUCCACAGGUUCACCCAGAAGCUGUUACAGAGGAGAUAACAACACAGUCGGUUGAGGAAGCAGGAGUGCAGGAUGUAACUGAGGAAAUUACAGUAGAGGCAGUGGAGGAGGUGACUCCAGAGGAGCCUUCACAGUCUAAAUCCAAAGAAGGAGAGACAUUAAGCGUGGCACUGAGGAACCGUUCCCACAUUGAGGAUACGCUGCGACUGGCGUCUGCUGAACCAUCAGAGUUCUCAGGUGCCGUGAAGACGCUGCUGAACAUCUACCACAAGGCCGUCAAGCCAGUGGAGCAAGCCUUCAAGUACAAAGAGCUCAGGCAGCAUGAAGUCACAGAGGGCGAGGUCACAUCCAAGCCCAUGGUUUUGUUUCUGGGACCCUGGAGCGUUGGCAAGUCCUCUAUGAUCAACUAUCUGCUGGGUCUUCAUGGCACCCCCCAGCAACUCUACACAGGUGCUGAACCCACUACCUCCGAGUACACUGUCAUAAUGCACGGCGAGAAGUUUCGGAGUGUAGAGGGCAUCGUCAUGGCGGCAGAUAGCUCGAGGCCUUUCUCGCCUCUAGAGAAGUUCGGCCAGAACUUUCUGGAGCGACUGGUCGGCAUUGAGAUGCCACACAAGCUGCUGGAGAGGGUCACCAUAGUCGACACACCGGGCAUCAUUGAAAACCGAAAGCAGCAGGAAAGAGGAUACCCAUACAAUGAGGUGUGCCAGUGGUUCAUCGAUCGGGCUGAUCUCAUCUUCCUGGUCUUUGAUCCUACUAAACUGGAUGUGGGAGGUGAGCUGGAGAUGCUCUUUCGGCAGAUGAAGGGCCGUGAAUCACAGAUCCGCCUCAUCCUCAACAAGGCAGACAGCCUCUCGACCCAGAACCUGAUGAGGGUCUACGGAGCCCUGUUCUGGAGCAUGGCACCGCUCAUCAAUGUCACCGAACCUCCUCGAGUGUACGUCAGCUCCUUCUGGCCUUACGCCUACGCUCCAGACACCAGCCGGGAGCUGUUUAUGAAGGAGGAGAUCUCGCUGCUGGAGGACCUCAACCAGGUGAUUGAAAAUCAGAUGGAGAACAAGAUCGCAUUCAUUCGGCAGCACGCCAUCCGUGUGCGCAUCCACACUCUGCUGGUGGAUCGCUACCUCCAGACCUACUACGAUAAGCUGGGCUGGUUUGGUGACCCCCAUGAGGUGUUCCAAGACAUUGUCAAUGACCCCGACAAGUAUUACAUCUUCAAGUCCAUUCUGGCUAAGACCAAUGUCAGCAAAUUCGACCUGCCAGACAAGGAGGCCUACCAGGACUUCUUCGGGGUCAACCCGAUUUCCAACUUCAAGCAGCUCUCCUAUCACUGCAGCUGGACUGGAGGAUGCCUGCUGGAGAAGCUCGAGAGAGCCAUUUCACACGAGCUCCCGGCUCUGCUCGGCAGCGUUAGCAAGAGGACAGAUGCACCCGCCCCUGCGAAAGCUGCAACAACACCGCCGCCCCCCCUCCCUGGUACCUGCGAGGGCCCUGCAUGUGAGGAGAAGCCCAAAAACCGCUGGAGGAGACAGUGAGAUGGAGGCGAAGGGUGCAGGAGGAGGCAGAGAAAUGAGACGGGAAAUGUACCACGAACUAGAGAAACUGGAAGACCCGAAUCAGAAAGUACUUAAGUUUAUUUAUUAGUGCUUGUUUGUGUCUUUAUGAUGUACCAAGCAGACAGAAUAUUUAACCAUGUGGUUUUCAUUUAUCUAAUCGCUCGGUAAUAACGGCUCUCUGGAAUGAAUUUAAUACAUUACAUUACAUACAUUAAUUUUUGCACAUAACUUUUUAACUGCAGUUUUAAUUUGAAGUAUAAAUAACUACACGUAUGCCAACCUUUCUGUCGGAAGCCACUGCUGUCUACAAGAUGUGCCAACUGCCUCCAUCAUGACAGGCUCGUAUAAUCUCACAAGAUAU